AUGGACGAGGAUACCUGCGCUGUUUGCAAAAUAUCGGCGAAACAGAAGUGUGGAGGAUGCAGGUCCGUCUUUUAUUGCAGUCGAGAUCAUCAGAAGCAGCACUGGAAGGAGCACUCUCGGAGCUGCAGGGCAUACAAGAUGAUGGAGACCGAGGCGGUGGGCCGUCAUUACAUCGCGCAGCGGCGCAUCGAGGCCGGCGAGGUGGUAAUAAGGGAGGAGGAGCCGCUUCUUUUGAGCCCACCGCUCGACACGCAAGCAAUAUGCUUGGGCUGCUACGUGGCCCUAAGUCCCGAAACUUCAAGGCCCUGCCGAGAUUGCGGCUGGCCGCUCUGCCUCACCUGCAACUCCCACGGGCCCGAGUGCGGCUUCACCCAACGCUACCGCACCUCCAAGGUUUCCGUAACGGAGUUCGGACUGACGCAUCCCAAGUACCGAUGCAUCGGGGCGUUGCGAGCGCUCUGCCUCCGCGAGAGCGAUCCCAAAGCUUACGCCGCGCUCGCGAGAUUGCAGGCCUUCGCAGGGCGUGGCGACGCCGAUUUCCACGAGCCCCGCGAGACCGCGCGGUUCGUCAAGCGGUUCUUCGACAGACUGGCCGAGGACAUUGACGAGCAGGAGAUCGCCCGGAUCGUAGGGAUCAUACAGAUCAAUGGCCACGAGGUGCCUACGGUCGAGCCAAACACUCUGGUGGCCGUGUACGACCUGUCGUCCUACCUCGAGCACAGCUGCAGGGCCAACUGCUCCAAGAGCUUUACCGAUUCCAACGGUAUCGUCGUACGCGCCGCCGAGCCCAUUGAAAAAGGGGCUCACGUGACCAUUUGCUACACGGACCCGCUCUGGGGCACGGCCAAUAGGCGGCAUCACCUGCUGCGCACGAAAUUUUUCGAGUGCGCCUGCCCGCGCUGCUCCGAUCCCACGGAGUUCGGCACCAUGUUCAACGCCAUCAAGUGCCGAAAAAGCGACUGCGGGGGCUAUAUGCUGCCGCCUACGUUCCUUACCCCCGAAGUGCCGGACUACGAGUGCGACAAGUGCGGCGACUCGGUGUCGUCGAACGAGGUGGACGAGGAGCUCGAGAGGAUGGGCCGCGACCUCGCGGGGAUGAGGAAAAACGACCCGGAGACGUGUCGGGCCUUUGCGCGCCGCCACGGCUCCGCCCUCCACGCCAAUCAUUUUUACAUGACCGACGUCAAGUUGGCCCUCGCCCAACUCAUUGGACAACAAGUCGGUGGCCUGCCCACCCUCCCCGACGAGACCGUCAGCGAGAAGAUCCUGCUGUGCAAGAACAUCGACGAGCUGCUGCGGGUUAUCGUGCCUUCGGAGAACAGAGUGAGAGGCCUGGUGCUCUUUGAAAUGCACGCCGCAGUCGCGGAAUUCGGCCGCAGGCGAGAUAAGGAGCAGUUGUACAAUAUUUUGCUGGAAGCAAAGAGAUUGUUGAGCGAAGCGUAUCGAUUGUUGAAACACGAGCCCGAGUCACUGCCCGAGGGUAAGAUUGCUCAGACGGCCAAGAAAAAUCUCGGCGAGAUCGAGCUGAUUUUAAGGAGGCUGUGUCUCAACUCGGUAGCCACGCCGUGAUCCAUACGUUUACAUAUCUCAACCACGGGAUCAAGGAUAUACAUAUAUACAUGUAUCGUUUUUGU